AUGGGCGAGGAGGACGAGGCCGGCGACGUCCCCGACGCGGUCGAGCGGGUCCCCGAGGUGACGUCCAAACCCGGCGGGAUGUUUCGUGACCUCCUCGAGGGAUCGUUCCCUGAGCUGUACGAGGAACCGAAGCCGGAACCCGAGGGCGGGGAGGGCGAGGAGGGGGAGGACGGUGGCGACGGCGAUGGCGCCCCGGCGGAGCCCCCGGCGGGUGAUCCCCCGGCCGAGGGCGAGGAGGACGCCGAGCCCGAGGUGGAUGAGUACCAGCAGCGAAUAGACGCCAUCAGAACUCAGACCGCCACGCAGGUGGAGCAGAUGGACGAGCUCGAGCGGUACCUCGAGGAGCGCACCGCCGCGGCGGACGAGCUCGAGCGCGCGCGCAUGGAGGAGAGGGAUUCGCUGUACACGAUGGACCACAGGAACGCGCGAAUGCCCCGGCUGCCGCACGAUUUGGACCUGGACAGGGACCGCGUGGAGGGCGUCGGCCUGUUGGACCCGCGGACGCUGAUGGAGGAUAACGAGCGGAAAUUACGCGCCAGCGCCGCGCCGCCGUCGACGCUGGAGUUUCUGGACGAGACGCGCGAGCCCAAGUACAUGGAGCCGACGGAAAACGAGCGGGUCCGCGACGCGAUGCGUGUAAGGGAGAGGGAGACACGGAGAGGGAAACAUUCCGAGUACCCCCGGCGGCUGGUGUUCAGCGCCGAGGAGUGGGAGCGCAAGAAACGGGACGCCGAGGACCGGCUGAGGGAGCUGGGACGAGUAAUGACCCCGGGGCAGAGGGACUUGGAGGAGCGGGUCAUCGCGGGUAUGCGGCGCAAGCAGGCGUAUCUUCGCAACCCUCGGCACCCGGAGGUUCCGUCUGCACUCGACGGCACCGAGCGAAAGAGGGUGGGCGCGGCGAUCGACCCGACGGACGUGUUCGUGGUGGAGCCCGACAUCGUCGAGUUCCACCAGUUCGAGCUCGGUGAGACGUACGAGAUGCGGCUGACGAUCCGGAACAAGUCGGCGCUGAGUCGACGGCUGCGGAUCCUGCCCCCGCCGUCGAGGCACUUCAGCAUCACCGAGCUCAAGUACCCGAGCAACCACGGCCUGUUGGCGCCGGGAAACGCCGCGUACGCCACCGUCAGGUUCAAGCCCGACUCGCUGGCGGACUACGAAGACUUCGUCACGGUCAUCACGGAGACGAGCAAGUUCAGGGUCGAGUGCUCCGCGAGGCGACACCCGCCGUGCCUCACGUUGGACCAAUCCCUCGACGUUGGAUACGUUCUCGUGGGCAACGACGUGGAGACGCGGAUGCCCUUCAAGAACGUGGGCGGAGAGGGCAGGUUCCGGCUCGUCGACGAGGCGGACUGGCCGGAGCACACGACGCCGCUGACGUUGCCCAACGAGGACGCCAUGCUCUCGCGGGGCGAACUUAAAGAUCCGGAGCCGGUGCCGUGCAUCGGCGUCGCGCCGUUCAGAAUCGGACCGGGGUACAUGGAACUCGCGCCGCUGGACGUGGAGCAGCUCCGGAUAGGCUUCGCGCCCCCAGGGCCCGGAAGCUUCAUGCAGCAGUUCAGGAUGGUGUGCGACAACAGCCAGGUGCAGACGUUCACGGUGACGGGAAGAGGGACUGUGCUGGACGUGGGACUGACGGAGAUUGACGCUCGCGCGACCAUCCCCGGGGAGCUCACGCAGGGGCCCGUGUACUUCGGCAAGGUGGUUCCCGGGUCGGUCAACACCAGGACGUUCACGGUCAAGAACGCCACGAUGGUCCCGGUGCCGUUCGUGUGGGAGCACCCGAGGGAGGCCGGGAUAUUCGCCGUCGACCCGCCGCUGGGCGUGUUUGAACCGGAUUCCGUCAACGCCUUCACCGUCACGUUUUCGCCGAACGAUUUAACCCCGUACGAAGCGGACGUGAGGCUGGUGGUUGACGCGUCCGUGCCCGCGCGCGUGCCCCACCCGGAACACCCCUUCGCCAAGCCGGUUCUCAUCGAGGAUUUCUCCGUCUCCGGCGUCGGCGCGGAGAGGCACUGCACCAUAGACACGAACCUGGUCAACUACGCGGGAUCGCUGCUGCCCGGGCGACACUACGACCGCGAGGUGACCGUCGUGAAUCACAGCGACGCGGCGGCGCCGUUCAGGUGGGUCGGUCACGACCCCGACGCGGGCUUACUCGUGUACCCCCACGAGGGGAUCCUGGAGCCCAACGGCGGCUGCGUGACGUGCGUCGUGGAGCUCACGCCGCCGCGGGUGCAGCGCUUUGACGCGCAGAUGAGUUGCGUGGUUGAACACGGACCCACCUUACCCCUGCGGGUCACCGCGGAGGUGGAGGGGCCCGAGGUUGCGAUCGCGCAGUCGCAGGUUGACUUUGGCCUGCUUCAGCAGCACGUGGCGGGAGAUACGUACCUGCUCAUACGCAACCAGAGCGCGAUCGCGGCGACGUGGGCGCUGGAGGAACGAAGGCCGCAAUCGGUUGACGGGGCGCCGGCGCCGCGUUCGGAGAUUGUAUUUUCCGUCGCCGAGGGCGAACUCCCGCCGUACGCCGAGGUGGAGGUGGAGUGCACGCUCGUGCCGUCCGCGCCCGGUCCGUACAGGAGCAACAUCGUGUGCGUCGCGGGCGGCGGGCGGGUCAGCGUCGUCGCCGCGCGCGCCGACGUCCUCCAGCCCCUCUGCGCGCUAUCCACCGCCGAGGUUGACCUCGGGACGUGCUACGUGAACGUGCCGGUGGAGCGGGAGAUUGUGGUCCAGAACAUGACCAUGCUCCCGGCGGUGUUCCGGUGGUCGCCCGAGCCCGAGGGCGAGAGCGAGGAGUGCGCGGACUCGAUGGACUUCGACGUGGACUGGCGCGAGGAUGAGAUUCCGCCCGGCGGGUCCAAGGCUGUGCGGUUUAUUUUUACGCCGCUGAGGCCUUGCGCGAGGUACGAGGCUCUGGUCGCGAUGGACGUCGACGGCGCGGCGAAACCGUUGGGUUUCGCCCUCACCGCCGACGUCAGGGGUCUGAGCGUUGAGUACGAGGUGUUGCGUGGUUUGAACGGAACGCCCGUGGCUGGUGACGCGUCGCACGUCGCGGACAGUUCCGUGCUCGACGACCACGUCCGGGUGGAUUUUGGCGACUCGUGCGAGGUUCGCGAGCACGCCGCCAUGGAGGUGCUCAUCAAGAACACGACGGCGAUAGAGACGUCGGUGAGGAUCGACGUCGAGAGGCACGGCGUGCCGGACGCGGUGGGCAUGAGGGUGAUGGAGUGCUGGGCCGCGGCGAGGGGCGCGGACGCCGCCGGUUUGAGCAAAGGCGGCGUCGCGAGAAGGGGCGCCAAAUCCGUCGGGGGCGUCGCGGGGGGCGACGGUAUCGUGGCCCACACGAUGGGACGGACUCAACUGAUGGAGGCUGCGAGUUACACGAGCACCGUGUUCGGCGCGGCGUCCACGUCGGGGCCGGACGCGCUGAGGUCGUCGCUGCGCCCGCACGAGCCGGCGACGCACGAGCACCGAGGGGGUACGUACGAACACCUCGGGGGAAUCAAGUCUGUGUCGAUGAAACACGGCGGCGCGUCGUUCGCGCGGUCGCUCCGCGGGUUGACCCAACCCUCCCUCCUUCGGGGCGGGUCCCUGCCGACGAUCGCGGAGAAGCGUGGCGGCAAGAAGUCGGGAGCGGCCGUGCCCAGGACGAGGUCCGACGCGCCCGUGACGCUGAGCGCGGAGCACGAGAAGGUUUCGUUCUCGAGGGGCCUCGGCGUUCAGAUGCACGCGACCCGGAGCGCGCACGAGGCGGACGCGGAGGCGCUCAAGUCCGGCGACGGCGUCGCCUUCGUCGUCUACCCCUCAUCGGGUAUCCUCCCGCCCUACGGCGAGUUCAGGGCCAUCGUCACCGUCGUCAGCGACAUGCCCGGCGAGUACUUUGACGCGUUGCGGUGCCGAGUCGGCGACAUGCCCGAGCGGCGGCUGCCCGUCCGCGCGGGCAUCACCGGCUCACCCCUGGUGGUCCAACCCGUGAGGUACUCCCCGAUGGGUUACGACGCUUACGGCCCGAAGGGUCCGAAGCGGUUCGCGGGUUUGGACUGGGGUUCCGUGCGCGUCGGCGCGCCCGGCUCGACCAAGCGGUUCUUCUGCGUCAACUACGGCCCCAAGGACAUGGUUGUCGAGUUCCAACCGUGGCUCGACCCGGAUCCGAAAAAUCCAAAGGAUGCCGACGUUCCCGCCGCGCUCGCGACGCUGAACCUGGACGAGAUCGGCGGUCGCGUCGGCGUGGACAUCGUCGGUAAGGGGAGGAUGUGCCAGCGCGUGGGACCGUUCAAGCUCGUGCCGGCGCCCGCCGGACCGGGGUUGGUGACGAUUCCCAAAAGAGGCGGCUGCGUCGGGUUCGAGGUGGAAUACCGGUACGGCGGGACCAGGGCCAAGCGUUUCGUCGGGUCCGUGGUGGGCACGCAGCGCGUCGCGGACCACGAGGCUGUCGAACCCGAACUGACGCUGGAGCUGGGAUGCGCCAAGACGAAGCUGCGGAUCGGGGGAGUCGACGGCGACGGGGACGAGGUGGAAGCCGCGAUGGCAAACGCCGAAGCGAAACCGAUCAGCGUGAGCAUCGGCGGCGCCAUCGCGCCGGGCCGCGCGCAGCCGCCCAAGCCCAUGAAGCCGCUCGUCGUCAGACUCACCGCGGACGCCUACCACCCCCGGCUCAAGGCUGACCAGAACGAUUCGUUCAACUGGACCUGCUACGCGCAUCGGCACGUCUCGCACUCGUCGUACUUCCGAACGGUCACCUUGACCAACACCAGCGCGGAGGCUGCCGCGACGUUCAGGAUGAAACUCGUCGCGCCGUUCUCGGUCGUGGAGAUCGAAUCGUCGGUGCCCCAGCUCGCGUUCGGCCGCGGUCGCGUGAUGACCCGCGCUGGUAUUUCCCCCGAUGCAUCAGAGGAGAAGAGCGUUAUAACGCUGCCACCGAGGGAAAACGUUCAGGUGACGAUGCGGUUCACGCCGCCGGACCCGGACGUGGACGACGCGGGGCACGUGUACAGGGACGACUACGAGAAGGACGCGGCGCUCGUCGUCCUGUACGACAACGGCGACGUGCAGAACUUCCCAGUCACGGCCAAGUACAUCCACCCCGAGCUCAAGGCUUCGAAAGCUGAGCUGGACUUUGGCCGGGUGCACCCGCGCGCGGCGAAGGAGCUCAAGGCUCUGCGCGUGACGCUCACGAACGACACGCCGACGGAUGCCGAGUGGACCGCCACGUUCGUUGGUCCCGGCGCGCACGCGUUCGAGUGCGUGCCGCCCGACGGUGUGGUCAAAGGGAAGGGACCCACGGGGUUGGCGCAGUCGACGGAUGUGGAGAUUUUCAUGUCGCCCGACGGGGAGGGGGAGUUUAGCGCGAACGCGGACUUUGGCGUGAGGGCGGGACGCGGGUGCGGGAUCUCGCUCCGCGGUGAGGGGACGUACGCGGAGGAGGAGGAGGGCGGGAAGAUGCCGAGGUUCGACCCGGUAGAGGCCCCCAUUAGCUUGGUUGCAGAGGCAGAGUGACUGCACAAACUAGCAUUUGGAACAUCCUGUUUUGCGGAUUUGGGC